AGCUCGAGCCAAGGCAUCGGCAUUCGGCAGCACAGCGUACAGCUCGAAUCGCGGCGUGUGCGCGCCUCUCCUCGGCCGAUCACGUGACCCACGCUAACCGCCAUCUUUGCGAUUGCGCCUCGCCGUAUAAACAGACAGAGUAGUGUGUGCGCUUGCUGCCGUCAGCCGACACGGACGAGACACCGGGGCCCGGACAUAUCAGAACUCGAGAGCACGGCUAGUGUGACUAUAUAUUCAUCAUCAGGAUCAGCAGUUCAGCGCGCAUUGAUUGAUAUAUAUAUAUAUAUAUAUAUAUAUCGGGACGCCGAGAGACGACUCGCCGCGGCAACUCGUCAACGGCAGCAUCAGCUCCCUCGAGCCUCUAGUACGUCUACGACGACGACGAUAUACGUAAACGCCGCGACGGCGAGCGAGCGCACUCUAUAGCGCAGUCCCUCUCGCUCUACUCUCCCGAUCGCAGUCGGCAACUCGCUCUUCCGUCUCGCUCUCUUUCUCUCUCUCUCUCUCUCUCUCUCUCUCUCGCUCGACUCCCGCGGCCGAGAGAGCAGUACAGCGCGCGCGGACAAAAAAGAGUGUGCUGCUAGUGUUUGCCGAAGAGAGAAGCUCUCCAAGAGACGUCGAGGACGGCCGGCCGAUUACAAGUCAGCCCCGCAUCAGUCAGCGCCCCCCGAGAGGAAAACCAAGUGUACCACAGUGAACCGAGUCUCGCGCGACCGACGACCAACACCAGACACCAUGUCCGACAUCAAGGCGGAGACCAAGACCGAGAACAGCGUCGACGAUGCCGUCAAGGAGGAGUCGCCAGAGGAAAAGCCAGCGGCCAAGGGCAAACGAACCGGCACAAAGAGGCUUUCCACUCUUGAAAAAACGGCUCAGGAGGCAGAUGUCAUACUCAAGGGUCUGAACUCGGGUGUCGAGAUCGAGGGCAGGAGACGUACUCGCAGCUCUGCGCGAGGAGUUGUCUCCGCACCCGCUCCAUCACCACCGAAGAAAGAGAAGCGAGAGCCACGUACCGGAGGCGGUCGAGGCCGUGGACGUCCCAAGAAGACCAAUGAAAAUGACGAGGAGAACACUGCGGAAGCCAACAAUAAAAAUGAAAAGGACGAGGACUCAAAAAUGGACGUGGACGAAGGCGCUGAUGAAAAAGAUGAAGCUAAAGCUAAAGUAACUGAAAAUAAGAAAGACAGCAAAGAAGAGUCCAACAAAGAAGACAAGACUGACAUUGGUGACACAGUCAACUCCAAGGAAGAAAAGCCAAGCGAGGAAACGGAGAAGAGCAGCAACUCCGAAGACGCCAAGAAAAACGCAGCAGAUGAAUCCGCAGCGCCGGCGGCGAAUAAAGAUGAGGUAGCCAAGGCUAAUUCGGACAGCACGACGGAAGCGUCGAGUAAAACGUCGACGGGUGCACCCGCGUCGGAAACGGCGCCGGCCUCUGAAAACGACAGUAGCGCGCCAGCUGCUGACGAGAAAAAGGAAUAAUUAUGAUCCUGAGCCGAGCGCAUCUCCUCCCGCCAGAUACCAGGGGGCGCAUAACUCGGGGUCGCAAAUCCUGCCCCCUCGUCUAUUUUAACGAAUUGACACCGACUUGUUAAUUGUCUGACUAAUCAGCGCAUCACAGUCGAAUUCCGCAUGCAUCGGAAUGAAGGAAGUAUGCUUUCGACGUUCCUCGAUUCAUGGUCAACCUUUAAGUUGGCAAGAGUAUAAUUAUUUUUUAGUGGUUCGAUUUACGUAUAAAAGUUGAGUUCUCAAGUAGUUUUAUCGAUAUAAAUAAGUUUCAUAAUUGUAUGCAUCACAUCUCAAAUCUGUUAAAUGUUUGCAAAGUAACAAAUAAUGAAUUUCACUCGUUUUAUUUUCAAAUCAAUUUUGUAGAUUUACGAGUGUAGAAAUAAGUCUAAUGCAAUUGGAUUAUGAUAAAAUAUAUUAUCUUUAUAAAUUAAAAUUUUAUAAGAGAAAAAUUAAUAAAAUCUUUUAAAACUACAAAAUUGAUCAGAAAUUUUAUAAAUAUCUUAAAGAAUCUAUCAUUUAUUCCAUAUAAAGUCAAAGUACACCCGAGGUUACUGUUCGAUGAGAAAACGGAAGUAUAAAUUAAAACGUGCUGUCAGUAAAAUUAUUUUACGAUAUUUGACGCACAGUGUCAGAUUUAUUUUAAUAUGAGCUCACAUCGAGUUGCGCUGAUUAGCUAGUGAUGUCGAGGAAAAUUUAAAAGUAGAGCAUACGUUGUUCAUGUACAAUGGUAAUAUUAUUGUAAAAUAUAUUUAAUAUGGACUUAAAAUAUAAAGGGAAAGAGAGAAUGAAGGCUGUUUUCAAAUCAGAGCUGAGAUUUAGGGAUAGCCUCGGGGUGUCUUUGCGAUAUGCAGAUCUGGUAUGGAAGCGGUUGCGAUUGACUCAUUCAUAGAGAAAGUUUUGCUGUAAUUUCUUUUAAUUACAUAAAUAAUGGCUGAAUGGAAGCGGAAUAUAUGAUGCUUAAGAAAAUGAAGAAAAGUUAUUUUUAACUCUCCCUUCUUUUUCUUUAACAAUUAUGCAAUAGUCGAGUUUCCAAGAAAUGCAGAUUUUUUUUUUGCAGAAUUAGUUUCAAUUUAUGCGUAUCUUUUGUGCUGCGCUGCGUUGGUGUCAUUUAUAAACUCAGUUUUCUUUAAUGUGUUAUCUUCACUAUUAUAUUUCUAUACAUAUUGCAUUAAAAAAAUAUAAAAAUCUUAUCCAAGUGAAGUUUGAUGUGAACAUGCAACCUCAUUGUUUUUACUGAGAUUCAUUACAUCACAAUGCAUGAGUACAGCAAGAGUUACAACUUACGCCACGUUUCAUUUCGAUUUUGUUGUAUCUUUUGUUCUAUUUGUUGUACUUUAUUUUAAUACAGGUCCAAUAUUGAAUAUGUUAAUAUUAUUGUGUAUCUGAACGGUUGUGAGUGUACAGAAGAUAGCUUAUACGAUCGAUGCACUAUUUUUAAGCAAAUCCACACUUAAUGAGACACCAACGGACAACUACUUCGUGAUCAUAAUAAAUGCUUCCGAGGAAACAUUUUUAAAUAUAAUUUGUUAUAUUGUAAGUGUUUCUGUUUUAUAAGAAAAUUGGAAAUAUAUAAAUUUUCAAUGCUUUCUUUGCGAAGCUUCCAGAUACUUUUCUAAAGCCAUUCAAAAUUUGUAUAUUUGAGUAAAAUACAUUUCUUAAUAUUUAUGUACAAUAAACUUAAGGAUUUUACCAUACGUUAUGGGUAAGGGAAAGAUUCUUGUUUUAACAUACAUUAAGCACGUUGUAAAUAACAAAUUUGUUUUCUACUAGGAUUUAAUUUCGCAGGAUUGAAAUGAUGACAUUCAUUUGUGCUCUUGCCCUCUGGAAAAUGACAAUAGUUUAUAACAAUUCACAAUUUUUAACUUAUUCGUAUCAUGUUUGUAAAAAUAAUAUAAUACGAAUUUUAUCAAACUUUGAUUACUCUAAUGUGAAUUAAUAGUGCUUCAUAAAAUUGCAUUUUCCACUUUUAAAUAUUCUGAAAUCUGACCAAUAAAAUAAAUGUACAAGUUUUUAUCGUGUCUGCCAAAUGCAAUGAGUCAGUGCAAUAAGCAAAUAAGAAAAAUUAAAGGAGGUCUGCUAAAUUUUAAAUAUUGUGAAUAAAUAUUUAUUGUGUUUUACUUUUUGAAAUCAAAUAUAUAAAAUGAUAACUUAAAAGCAUAUUGAUUUUAGCUUUUUUCAGAAUUAUACUCUGACACAGUGAUUUAAUAUCAACAUUAUUUGGUACAGUUUACUAAAGCUUUUUAGUACAGCGCUAAAUUAACUUCGAUUUUUACACUGUAAAUGUCAAUAGUAAUAAUAAAUAUUUAAUCACUAUUGCACGGAUCGUGUAUUAAUUACACUACUUCAAAAAGCUACAUUAAUAUUUACCCAAAACCAUAUGUAUUAGUCAAUUGCUUAGUACUUGUUUCAUAUUCUGUAAUACACUUUUAAAUUCUUACUUACUUAACUUCAGGCUUCAAUAUCAACUUUUUCCUUGAUGUAUUUAUAAUCUAUGAAAGAAUUUGAAUUUAUCACGUUAAGGUAACUUGGAGGAUUUUAUGGGCUAAGAAAGAUACUUUGAGAAACACCUUGCUAAUAUUUUAAAAAGCGCAGAAAGCAAUAUACAAUCAAAUUGAAUGAUCAUUAUAAAGGAUUGUAAAAACAUCAGAAAAAAAUGUUGCAUAUAAAGCACAUAUAUAUUUUAGUAUCGAAAUCGGGCAACAACCGGUAAGUUUGUCAGUGUCUCGUUGGGUGCGGUUUAUAGCGCUAGUUACAAGCAUUAGUUAAAUAAUUAUAAUUAUUAUGAUAUAAACAAUAUUGAAAAUAUGUAUAUGUAUAAAGAAAGUAAUGCUAAAACGCGGCUUGUCCCGCAAAUGCUAUUCGAGGAAAAUUUUAAGUUCGUCGUGCUCUUUUGCGUGACAAGCGAUUUGAAAAAAGAUUUAAACAUAAGAACACGCGAACGAGUGACAAAGAUAUGUUAGAGUUUAUUUGUCAUAAUUAAUUAUUAUGAAGUAUAGAAGAAAGGCAAAGUAAAGUAUAAAUGAACUUCUUAAAACGAGUGAAAUAAAUGAAUGCAAAGACAGGCAAUAGUUUUCACUUGUACGUCCAAGCACAUACUGGUACAUACAAAAAAAUUAAAGAGAACGGUAAUACACACGCGUCAUUAGAACUAUGGAUCAGUAGCGAAAUCAUAAUAUAUACAAGGACAUGCGACAUGAAAACUCCGUUAUUAUUCUCUUGGUUCAGGACAAACCUUAGCAAAUUGAUUAUGUAGCUCUUAUCGCGACUUAGCAUCGCUUAUUACGCCUCGUGAAAGCUAUAUAUGAAUUUAUAUAUGCUGUAUCUAAUUACACACAGCUAUUCUGUUUGUAUGACAUCUACUGAACCUAUUGUAGAAAAAGCGAUUCGACAAACUGAAGAUUAUAUAUAUUAUAUAAACGAAAGAAAAAUGAAGCUUGAUUUUGAAUUUUGUACUGAAAUUGCUUCGAUCAAUAAAAUCAAUAAAACAUU